UCACACAGGUGAGAAGCCUUCUCAUGUGAGACCUGUGGAAAGAGUUUCUCUCGAAAGGACGCUCUAAAUGUCCACAUGAUAACUCACACAGAUGAGAAGCCUUUCUCUUGUGGGUCUUGUGGAAGAAGUUUCUCUCAAAAAACUUAUUUAAAUGUUCACAUGAGAAUUCACACAGGUGAGAAGCCUUUCUCUUGUGGGAUCUGUGGAAAAAGUUACAGUAAAAAAUGGACUUUAACUCAUCACAUGAGAAUUCACACAGGUGAGAAGCCUUUCUCUUGUGGGAUCUGUGGAAAAAGUUACAGUAAAAAAUGGACUUUAACUCAUCACAUGAGAAUUCACACAGGUGAGAAGCCUUUCUUCUGUGGAUCCUGUGGAAAGAGUUUCUCUCGAAAGGACUUUCUAAAUGUCCACAUGAUAACUCACACAGAUGAGAAGCCUUUCUCUUGUGGGACUUGUGGAAGAAGUUUCUCUCAAAAAACUCAUUUAAAUGUUCACAUGAGAAUUCACACAGGUGGGAAGCCUUUCUCUUGUGGGUCUUGUGGAAGAAGUUUCUCUCAAAAAGGUUCUUUAAAUGUUCACAUGAGAAUUCACACGGGUGAGAGGCCUUUCUCUUGUGGGACUUGUGGAAAACGUUUCUCUCAAAAAGGUGAUUUAAAUGUUCACAUGAGAAUUCACACGGGUGAGAAGCCUUUCUCAUGUGGGAGCUGUGGAAAAAGUUACAGUAACAGAAGUUAUUUAUCUCGUCACAUGAAGACUCACUCUGAUGAGAAGCCAUAGGUCCAAAACAGAUCCGAUCCUAUUUGGCAUCUAAUCUUAUGGAAAAUCUGGUCAGAUGAUGUAAACAGCAAGUUGAACAUAUUAAAGUCAACAGAUUCUUCCAGGCUGCUAGUGAUUCACUGUGAUUGUGUCUUUCACUGUCUGACCAACAUAAACCUGAGGUCUUCUUUUGCCUAGCAGCUUGUUUUCCUUAAUCCAGUUUUUUGUUUUAAUUCUCAGUCGUAUUUGUACUUAAGAUCCCCAUCAGUAUCCCAUUAGAUACUGAAGUUAAAGAGGGGAACACAUUCAGACAGGAUUAAUUUCUGUGCAUUUCAGUUUUCAUGGAGUUCUGUACCAUGUAGAAUAAUUGAGUUUAGCUUUUAUUUGAAGUUUCUGUGUAUGACUGGAUGUAAAAUACUUUAGAAAUGAAAGCAGUGAAAUGUUCUUGUUUUUCCAUAAAUAAAACUC